AUGCGCGUUCCUGUAUUCGACCUUCUCCCAGACCAUCUGCAACACAAGCGGAGGAGCCUGGAGAUGCAGCAAAUCGCGCAGAAGCAGACGCUCGAUCUCUUGUACGAGUUGCCCGCCAUGGAUCGGACGCCAAUAUCCGAGACCGUACCACGGGCACACGCGUCCAUUGCCAUAUACGGGCGGGGCGCUGGGGACACACUGUCGUGGCACGCUGCACUCGCCGUGUCGUCCGGCCCGCCGACGCGCAUCGUGAACCUGUACCGCAUCGCCGAGAACCCUGCCCACGCCACCCACCACAGCGACGCGCCAUCACGACGCUACCAUCUCGAGCACGCACACGCACACAUGCUCACGUUCCAGCCAUACUUCGUCGGCGCAUUGCUAUUAUCAUCCAUCACUCAGGGCGUGUCACUCGAAGAUGUCGAUGCGGUACUGCAACGGUUCAACGCGGAGCCACAAAAGGGAGAUUGGGGGGAGGAGAGUUGGUCGUCUGUGGCGUUUGUCAUCAAACUCGUGAGGGAAUUGGAGGAAUACGGGAUGUUGGAGAAGGAGCUAGACGCCCAUGAUAGCGCCAAGUUCUAUCGGCGUUUGCAGGCUCGGGCGCAGAUGCUGGCGACGGGGGUCGGAAACUGCUUUGUCUGCGGUGACUUGCGAGUGCUGGAGUGGUAG